AUGUCUAACUCGUCAACAAGCGGUUUGGGAGGGACGGGGGGAAAUAACGCUCCACCUCCUGAACCAGACGGACCACCCUACCUCCCACAUCAGGCCCAACUGGGCGGCAAGCCCACCCGAUCCAUCGAUGUCCCAGUAUGUGCCGUUCUCUUGGUCGUAUUCCUGGCCCUGGCCGCCAUGAACAUGACUAUCUUCCAAAUCAACCGACGGAUCGGCUUCAAAUUCCUCUUUUCCGGCCUCCUCUUCGGCUUCUGCAUGGCCCGCGUAGUGGCCUUGGCAACACGAAUAGCCUGGGCCCUCCACCCGGACGACGAAAACCUAGCCAUCGCCUCGCAAAUCUUCGUUGCCGCAGGCGUUCUCCUCCUGUUCAUUACCAACCUCGUCUUCGCCCAGCGGAUGAUCCGCGCCUACCAUCGGUUUUUCGGGUGGUCACCCGGGCUCACCCGUCUCUUCCGGGGGCUCUUUGGCAGCAUUGUUAUCGUGCUAGUCAUGGUCAUCACCGUAACGAUCCAGAGCUUCUUCACGCUCAACCGGCAGACCCAUCGCAUCGACAAGGACAUCCAGCUCUUCUGUGGCGUUUACUUGGCUGUGAUUGCCUGUUUGCCCAUCUCGCUCGUCCUAGCCGCUGCCUUGGUACCCCGGAGAACGCCCAUCGAUAGGUUCGGCGUCGGCCACUUCAGGACUAAAUUCGGCUUGAUCACGUUUACUUCGGUCUUGCUUGCCACGGGCGCCAUCUUUCGCGCCGCUACCAACUUUGUCGUUCGCCCGUUGAACAACCCGGCGUGGGCUCAGACAAAGGCGGCCUUCUACUGCUUCAACUUUGGCAUCGAGCUCGUCGUCGUAAUUACGUACCUCCUUUCGAGAUUCGACCGGAGGUUUCAUAUCCCCGAUGGCAGCUCCGCGCCGGGUCAUUACUCCAUGUCAGAGUUUGGAGUGUUGGCGGGGGCAAAUGUAAACGCCAGGAUAGGACCGCGUGAUAGUACUGUCAACGGAGGCGGGACUGGUGGUACUGGUGGCACAACUGCCUCUAGUAUCGAUACCAGCGGGAAGAAGAGAGUUGGUCGUAGGGUUCCGGAUCCAAUUCUGGAUGCCGCCCCGGAAACGGGGACAGCAACAGCAGCAGCAACAGCAGGCUUUCCGACUGCUAACUUGCCGCAUAUUUAUGAGCCGGCUGGUAGCAGGAGAGGCUCGAACUGGUCUUUGUUGUCGAAGAGCCGGAAGAGUGGCGGCUCUUCAGUUUAUGGAGGAGAUUUUGAACUACGGGACUUACCGUUUAGUGAAACUCGUGAGAGUGUUGCUGCUUCUGCGCCUGCCGGUGACCCUGAUAUGGAGUGGAUGGCUAGGGCUAUGCGCGAGCUGUACGGCGACAGCGACGAGGAGGAGUAA